AUGGCAAAAGCAAUCUCAUUGAACAAAACCGGUAAAGUUAGAGGGACAACUCCAAAAGUAGCAAAGGCAGAUAAGCCUAAACCUAAAAAAGGAAGGGCAGCUAAACGGGCUUUAUAUGAAAAUAGAUUAACUAAGGGGUACUUUGAAGGAGCAAUGAAGAUGAACUCACAAGAGGUUAAAUAA